CGCACUGCCGGCCGGCGCGCCUUCUGUUCUUGCACUAAUGGUAUUUUGAGUUGUCAAAGUUCGUUAUAUUUUCCUCGUCGUGUUCGUCGUGUUUCUCCAUCUAUUAUUCAACUCUUGGAUAGAAGUUUAUUUUUAUUUUUAUUGUUGUAAAAUGGCUGAAUUACCUUAUCAAGCGGAGUAUGCUAAAUCGGGGCGGGCCGGUUGCAAAGGGUGUAAACAAAAGAUUGACCAAGGAGCGUUAAGAAUCGCGGUAAUGGUGCAGUCCGCGUUUCAUGAUGGAAAACAACCUAACUGGCACCAUGAAGAGUGUUUCUUCCGAAAGCAACGGCCGAAGAUCACGAGCGACAUUGGGAACUUUAAUAAACUGCGACAUGGAGAUCAGAAGAGGAUUAAGGAAGCAAUUGAAAACCUAACUGGCAUAGUGAUGCCAGUAGAAAAAGGCAAAGGGAAGGGCAAGGGUAAGAAGAGAGCCAACGCGGACGCUUCUGCCGCUGCGAGUCUUGCGGCCCUCAAGGAUUUCUUCAUAGAGUACUCUAAAUCCAGCAGAGCUACCUGCAAACACUGUGAUAUUAAGAUUUGUAAGGAUGAAGUCCGUAUUUCGAAAACUGUGUAUGACACUGAAAUCGGUCAAAAGUAUGGCGGGCAGCCACUAUGGCACCAUGUCAAGUGUUUCGCUGAGGCCCGCGGCGAGCUUCUCUACAUGGCUGGCGGGGAGGACCUGCCAGGCUUCAAGACCUUGAAGAAUGAUGACCAGAAAAUGGUUAAGGAAGCAAUUAAACCACUGAAAGGCGAAGAAGUUCCGAUAAAGAAACUAAAAGCAGAGCCAAAGGACGAGAAAGAGUUAAAGGAAGAAAAGGCACUAGAGAAGAAACUUGAAGCCCAAAACAAGCUGUUCUUCAAGUACAGGGAUGCCCUGCAGGAUUACAGCAAGAAAGAUAUCCAGGAUAUUCUGGAAGCGAAUAACCAGAAGGUUGUGCCCGGCAAUGACGAGUGCCGUGACAUGCUGGCGGAUAUUAUGGCGUUCGGGGCGCUCGAACCUUGUCCCGAGUGCAAGGACCAGCUUGUGCUUGAUACCUUCGGUUACAAGUGUACAGGUAACGUAAGCGAAUGGACAAAAUGCAGCUACGUGACCAAAGAGCCGGAACGCAAACCCAUGAAGAUACCCGCCGCGUUCAAGGACGGUAGUGCCUUCAAAAGGUUGAAGCCCAAGAAGGGCGUGCGGCUCUUCGAGAACGCGCCGCCGCCGCAGAUCAUUGUCAAGAAAGAAGAGCCUCAAGACGUAAUCAAGAAAAACAUUCCAAUCCCCCCACUGAAGAACCUCCAGUUCUUCAUGUACGGCAGGCUGAAGACCGACAAGGAGAAGCUGAAACACCGCAUCCUCAAGCUGGGCGGGCUGGUCACCAGCAAGAUCACUGAUACACUCGCUGCUGUAGUGUCUACUAAGGAUCAGCUUGACACCUAUGGAAAGAUUAACAACAAGAUGGAUGACGUAAAGAGGGCUGAUAUCGAGGUAGUGGAACCAAGCUUUUUCGAUCUGAUUGACCCAGAGACGGGAUCCAUAGCCAAGACUCUAGAGCUGAUCAAGGAACACAACAUUGCUGAUUGGGGAUCUGAUCCAGCAAAGCGAGUGCCACAAGAUGUAAUUGAUGGAAAGUCUAUUUACAAGUCUGGUAGUAUGUACAAGUCCACGAAAUCUGCACCCACCAAACUAAAACUCAAAGGUGGCACAGCUGUAGACCCCGCCAGUGGUCUAGAAGACGUGGCCCACGUAUACUGCGACGAUAUGAUGGGCACUAAAUACACAGUAGUCCUGGGCAAGACAGACGUCGUGGCUCAGAAGAACUCCUACUACAAGAUGCAGGUGCUUGAAGCGGAUGACGGAGAGAAGUACUGGUUCUUCCGCGCCUGGGGCCGCAUCGGAACCACCAUCGGCAGCAACAAGCUGGAGGACUGCCGCUCCGUGGACGAGGCCGUUAUGAAGUUUGAGGAGCUCUACGAAGAGAAAGCUCAGGACUUCUUUGAUCCGCACAGGAAACAUAUUAGGAAGGUCCCAGGUGCAUACUAUCCAGUGGAGGUGGACUACGAGGAGGAGGAGUCGAAAGCGGCGCCGCUCCACACGGACUCGGCGUGCAAGCUGCCGAUGCCGGUCCAGAAACUGAUCACGCACAUCUUCGACAUUGCUGUCAUGAAGAAGACAUUGCUUGAGUUCGAGCUGGACACAGAGAAGAUGCCAUUGGGAAAACUGUCAAAGAAGCAAGUUAAGGCUGGAUACAAGGUGUUGUCCGAGCUGCUCGACCUGCUGAACAAGGGCCAGGCCAGCCAGAACAAAAUCAUUGAUGCUACCAAUAGGUUCUUCACGCUUGUGCCGCACAAUUUCGGCGUGAACAACCCUCCGCUGCUGGACAACGUCGAGAUUAUCAAGGCCAAGACGGAGAUGCUGGACAACCUGCUGGAGAUCGAGAUCGCCUACAGUAUGCUUAAAUCAGACGCCAACGAGACCAUAAGCCCCAUAGAGUCCCACUACCUGAAGCUGAAGGCCGAGAUCGUGCCCGUGGACAAGGGCUCGCCGGAGUACCAGAUGAUCGCCACGUACACCGCCAACACACACGCCGCCACACACUCCAACUACACGCUCGAGAUACAGGAGGUAUUCAAAGUGGUGCGUGACGGCGAAGAGAAGCGUUACAAGCCGUUCAGGAAACUGCACAACCGCCGUCUGCUGUGGCACGGCUCGCGCGUCACCAACUUCGCGGGCAUCCUGUCGCAGGGUCUACGUAUCGCGCCGCCGGAGGCCCCGGUGACGGGCUACAUGUUCGGCAAGGGUAUUUACUUCGCCGACAUGGUGUCCAAGUCGGCCAACUACUGCUGCACCAGCAAGAGCAGCCCCCAGGGCGUCUUGCUGCUCGCUGAGGUCGCUCUGGGCAACAUGCGCGAGUGCACGGCGGCGACGUACAUCGAGAAGCUGCCGGCCGGCGCGCACAGCGCGUGGGGGCAGGGCCGCACGCAGCCCGACCCCGCGCACCACGCCACCCUGCCCUGCGGGACCCUCGUGCCGCUCGGCAAGCCCGUCACCAGGAACAUCAACACUUCGCUGCUCUACAACGAAUUCAUCGUAUACGACGUGGCGCAGGUCAACGUCAAGUACCUGCUGCAGAUGAAAUUCAACUACAAGUAUUAAGGCGUCUAUUGUGUAAUCAAUGGCUACGUCAUACACCCACCCGUGUCAUCACAUCACUACAACGUAUUGAAGCAUCUGCUUGUUGUUUACUCUGUAACUACAUUACAGUAGUGAAUAGUCCUUUCCCAUUGUAUUUUCGCGGGAAAGUACGAACGUAUCAUGCUAUUUCAGUCAUUAUUAUUCACACCGACGGGACUUAAUCGCGUAAAAUAAGUUUUAAAUUUACCUCUUGACGUUUCGAGGAUGGCGUUGUCCCCGUGGUCUCAAAGAAGACUGGCUAAAGUUGACAUCAAUAUCUUCAGGGCGCGCGAGUUUUUCGAACUACCCGAAAAUAGUUUUGUUUUUUAACUUGAACGUUUUUCGCACUAGGGAUGUCACCGGAUCGACACAUAACACACACGAUAUUCGAUUUUUCAACUUGGGAUAUUUGUUUCCGCUUACAUAACUAAUUACUGGGUUCCAUUUGGUUGAGAUCUUAAAACUGAUUUCAAUGGCUUCAAUGGCUCGAAAAUUAAAAACUUAUAGUUUGUCAAGGGACUGUCUCAUUUCAAACAUAGACAGAGAGAAUCAUACUAUCUUUGUCUUACACUAGUACUAGCACCCAAAAGAAAAGGAUGAGUAUAGUUUUCUUUGUUCCUAUUUACUGACAAGAUUUGCUUGACCAACUAUAUUUUACGCGAUUAAGUCCCGUCGUUGUGAAUAAUAAUGAGUAAAAAUCGUGAAGGUUUAAAUCACUAAUUAAGUCAGUCUCAGUACAAGAAGUAUUGAGGCUGACUGCAGGUUGACACACGAACGUUUCUGAGAAAAUACGAUGGGAAAGGAGUCUAAACUACCUUCUAUUGUUUAUGUACGGAACUAUCUACUUUUUAUACUGCAUACGUGAACUUAUAGUACAAAAUACUGUUAGCAAGAAAAUAACUGUGAAUGGCAUUUAUAUAACUUUUUUUCAUACUCAACUACACGUAUAUCUACUCCACUGGUCUACCUCUUUAAAUAUACAAAAAUAGUGAUAUACUGUGUGUUUUAAGAAUAUAAUACGAUAUGAAUGUUUUAUUAAUUGUUAAAUCUGAGAAUUGUGAUAGUAUUACGAGAAAUGAAUGCUCCAUUAAUUUUUGUCUACGCCAAUCGAAGCUGGUUAUUUGUUAUGCUUUAUUUUAAUCGUUCUUAUGGCAGCGGGUUCCAUAACCAUAAUUUUCACCGGGCCCUUUUAUGUUACAUUUUGUCGUUAUGUUAUAAAAAUAAAUCGUUAUAUUAUCGUGAUAAAAACGAGUGUCUUUUUCUUAAUGUAGAAAAAGCUGGUUAUUAAAAAAAUAUGUAUUACGAUUACGAGUGAUCUGUAUUGUUACAAUAAAUAGGCGUAAGAAUUUUAAUUUGCCUUCAUUCCAUGUAAUGAUUGAAUGAUUAAUAAAUAUUUUUCUGUAA